UUCUACGAAGGUAAUCACUUUUUGUCUCCAACUUCCAAAUCUCACUAUUCCUUCCUUCCAUUGGCAUAUCAGUCAGAAAAAAGAGAUAAGGUCCAUGCACAAAUGACAUGAGGAAUAUUGGUUUGGUGGCCAAAGUGAUCUUUCACACACUCAAAGCACAAAUACAACACUCAAAACAGAUGCAACAUCACAUGCCUUAGAUCCGUCUUCCAAGUUUUCUGCCAUACAGCUCAUCUUCUCAUCUCUCCCCUUCUCCAACACCAUCACCUCUCUCUCUCUCUCUCUCUCUCUCUCUCUCUAAAUUCUCUAAAUUCUGUUUUCCCAGUAAAUAAAAAGAUUAUUUCCCCCCUCAUAAUUCCCGAAAGUCUUGGAUUCCACACACUCUCAACUAAAAAGGCAAUCCCAUCUCAACUUCCUUGUCUUCUACUCCUACUUGCAUUCAAGUCUUUCUCCAUGAAAACUAUCCACACCUGCAAUAUGUUCAUGACUUUCUCAACUCACCACAUCAAAGCCAGAUCUCUCAGUUGGGGUUUCCUCCAAUAUUUCACAUGAAGAAAUUGCAUUUUUUGACACAAUGAACAGAACCCAGAUACUAACUUUGAUUGUUGCACUGACUUCAUCGACAACUUUGGUGUUUUUCCUGCUUUUCAUCUACUUUUGCUGCAAGAAAACUGGAAAAGGUGAGCAAAAAGAUGUGGAAAAAACAGAGCAGAAGCAAGAGGAAGUUGUGGAGGCAGAGGAGGAGCUGGUGACUUUUCAGGAUGGGGAGGACCUCACAGUCUGUGACAUUCUCGAUGCUCCGGGGGAAGUGAUCGGAAAAUCGAACUAUGGCACGCUGUAUAAGGCUUUGUUGCAGAGCAGCAACUCAGUAAAGUUGCUGAGGUUUAUGAGGCCUGUUUGCACUGCAAAAGUUGAAGAUUUUGGUGAAGUUGUUCGGCAUUUGGGGUCCGUAAGGCAUCAUAAUUUGGUGCCUCUUUUGGGAUUUUAUGCAGGGCCGAGAGGUGAGAAGCUUCUGAUUCAUCCGUUUUAUUGGCGCGGCAAUCUGGCUCAAUUUGUGAGAGAAAGCAACCCUGACUCUCACAGAUGGCCCAUAAUCUAUAGGAUCUCAAUUGGUAUAGCCAAAGGCUUGGAUCACCUUCACACUGGCUUCGAAAAGCCAAUAAUUCACGGCAAUCUCAAGUCGAAAAACAUACUCUUGGACCGCCAUUAUCGCCCUUUCAUCUCGGAUUUCAGCUUGCAUCUUCUGUUGAAUCCAACUGCUGGCCAGGAAAUGCUUGAAGUCUCAGCAUCCGAAGGCUACAAAGCACCUGAGCUGAUAAAAAUGCGGGAUGCGAAUGAAGAGACUGAUAUAUACAGUCUUGGGGUUGUACUGCUUGAAUUGCUCACAGGGAAGGAACCAAUUAAUCAAAAUCCAACUACACCCGACGAGGAUUUUAGUUUGCCAAAUUUCAUGAGAAAUGCAGUGCUUGGACAUAAAAUCCAUGACUUAUUCCAUCCAGAUUUGCUUCUCAAUAGCGGCGUCGGCGUCGGCGACGGUGAAAUCCCGGUCACUAGAGAACAGAUUCUCAAAUUCUUUCAGCUUGCUAUGGCAUGUUGUGCUCCUUCUCCAACGCUUAGACCAAACACCAAGAAAGUUCUGUGGAAGCUUGAAGAUAUCGGAAGAAACUGAACACUAUGAGCAUUGUUUGGGUAGGAUAAGUAGCAACUACACCUAGGAUGGCACUAUUACGUUAUUUCGAGCCAAUAACGCACUGUCGUGUAAAACAAUUGAACUCAUGGAAGUGCUUGGUUGACGUUGACUUGAGUUAUCGUCACAUUAACAUUUCGGGUGUAAUUAAGUUUCCCCUGAUUUCAAGAUAUCUGUAUUUUGUAAAAUUUGCGUGAUUGAUGGCCAUGCCAACAACAAUGACCAUAUUGACAUA